AUGGGCACUCUCAUCACUAUCGCGAGUGACUGGGACAGGGGUCAGUGGUUCUUUGCUCGCAUAUUCCGCUCAGACCGAGAUGAUCUUCUGGGCUGGGUUGAGAACUUGGCGGGUAAUGUGGUCUACGCUAUCCGACGGAAUGAUGGUGCAGGCAAGUUCACCAAGAUCAGCACCGAUCUGGAUGUCCACGAUAACUGCAUGAUCAAAGGAGUUGUGUUCAUUGAUCUCAACGGCGACGGCCUCGACGACUUUGCUUGUAUCGGGUCUGAUGGCGCCGUCUAUGCCAGCAUCAACCAAGGUAAUGGAGGAGGCGACAAACCACCCACCUUUGUCUACAAGGGCCUGUGGAGAGCUGCCGACCCCAGAUAUCCCCAGAACAAAGUGCGACUUGCUGAUAUCGAUGGCGACGGCCGCGAUGACUGGGCUUGGGUAGGCGACCAAGGCGAAACGUUUCUCUGGACCAAUCAUCGCAGCUGUGGUGUUGGCAAAGAAGGGGAUGGCUUGAAGGUAGCUUGGCGUCCGGGCUACUACAAAGGCAAGACAUUGGGGCCGACGCACACAGGCGGGUUUGCAAAGGGGAUCAGGAAUAGGAUCCAUUUCGCUAGAAUCUACGGCGAGCACCAAGAUUUUGGUCUCCUUGGCAAGCAGGACUACGUUUACAUGGAGCACUCCAAGGGAAGCGAUGGCAAGCACACGUUCAAGCUGCGCGUGUGGAAGAACAAAGGCUACGGAGGCACCAAGCUCAAGGGCGACGGCAACAAAUACUGCGACAUGACAGGAAACGGUCGUGAUGACUAUGUCUGGGUCUUGUCAAAGGGAGAGAUGGACUUUUAUCCCAACACUGGCAAGGACUUCAUCACGGACAAGGACAGCUACUGGGGUCCCAUACAAAGGGCCUUCUUUAAGCCACAGCGUGACCUGGACCGACGAGAUAUCCAUCUUGCAGAUUGGGAUGGCGACGGCAAGUGUGACAUUGUCUGGGUCGAUCCCGAUAACAAGAAUCAUGUCUCUGUUUGGAAGAACAACUACACUCCUGGCGGUGGCUUCAGCUGGCAGUACCUUUCUAACCCAGCACCGGAGCUCUCUUGUCCUGAGAAGCGAGGCAUCGGCUUUGGAGACCUAGCUGUUCAGUUGGCCGAUGUCACUGGCAACGGGCUAAGUGACUAUCUCUGUCUUGAGAAGAACGGCAGGAUCUGGGGAUGGACGCAGGAUCCUAAAGGUUCCUGGACAUAUAUCGACCAGUUCUUUGGUACCAAGGGACAUGAUCGCGCCAACAUGCGUUUUGCUGAUGUUGACGGUGAUGGGCGAGAUGAUGCCAUCUGGGUUAAGAAGUUCUCGGGGGAUUCUUUUGUCUACUACAACAAAGGCCGCAAAGACAUCGCUGGGUCGCGGUACCAUUGGGAGAUUCAGGAGCGUGGGGGUCCCUUCCCAGCCUAUGGCGGUUGCUACGCCGGUUCGUGUCAGUACUUCCCAGACCUCAACGGCGAUGGAAGAGCCGAUCUUCACAGCAUCCAAGCAACCUUUCCCAACACGACCGUUACCGCAUACAACAUCUGUGGCGGCAACCGAUCCGGCGACGAUAGCUCGGAGAUCAAGAAGCCCGACCUCAUUAUCCCAAAUGCUCCGGGAGGCGGCGGAUCUGAGGAAUCCAACUCACCUCCCAUUCCCGCAGAUAACUGCAAAGUUGUGCCGGACUUUAUGUACACGCCUCUCAAGCGCGUGAGGAGGAGCGCGAGCGGUGAAGGCUACUGCUUCGCCAAGUGGAACAAGGGCGUUUUCAUCAAAGAGAUCGAAGCAGUCGCGAGCUCCGGUUCUCUCCGCUACAUCCGCGUAGCCUACACGGACGGUACCAUCGAGGAAGCAGGCGUGAAGGUCCCAGAUGACACCCACCACCGCUUCGGUACUGUUAGGUGGGAUCCCUGGAGUGAUUACUUCAACGUGUUUGAGAUGCAUGACGGUGGUUUCAAAGGUGGCGUUGGGCGGAUAGUCCUCGAGAUGUCCAACAAGUGCGGCGGUGAUGGCAACUGUAAACUCGACGCUGGGAACUACAUGGACUUUCCCCCUGUCAUGCAGAGAAUCCCUCGCGGUGAUUCAGAUCAGGGAAUGCUCCUGGGUAUUAGACUCAACGCACGCGAUGUCAUUGAAAACAUGAUCCCCAUGUUCUCCAAAGCCAGGCCUCUGAAGGUGACUCUCGACGAGCCCAACUUCACACCAACAUUCGAGGAACUCAACUCGAAGCCCUUUGAGGAGCGCCAGAUGGAGACUGUCAGGACCUCACACGUUGUGUACAACCGCCAGGCAGAUAAGCCCGUCGAGAUGGGAAUCGACCUCUAUCUCCAAGUCGAGAAGGGCACCAAAGUCAACUGGAAUACCCAGAUGGGAUGGGAGUCAGGCGGCGAGAUCGGCGGUACCAUCGGAGGCGGCAUGGAGUGGGACAUUGGCCUUCCGGAGAUGAUCUGGGCCAAGGUUAAUGGCAAGCUCGACGUCUCGGGUAAGUGGGUAGGGAAGAAGGUCGACAUGAACUUCAACGGCGGAGAGGACUCUGAGAUAGUCCGGACUAUGAGCAGGGUGACCAUCAACACUGUAGUCGAUCCCGGCAAGGCAGCUUUAUGCCAAGUAGUUGCCAUCCAAAGCAAGGCCAACAUCCGAUACCACGCCAUGCUGACACAGCAUUUCGCGAAUGGUGAUGCCUACUCAUAUCCUGUCCAAGGUGUGUUCAGGAACAGUCGCGUCACCGAGGCUAUUUCGGAAUGUAUGGAUGUCAAUGAGGACAACAAGGAUGAGGCUGCGGCUGCUGUUGUUAUUGAGCAGAGUGGUACGUACUGCAAUGACGGCACAAGAGUUGGCGAUACGGGCAUGUCGGACGACGAGUUGCGCGAAGCAUGUAAUCUCUAA